AUGGCUAUUGCAGAAGUUUUUCUGGGCGCGUUUUUAGCUGUGCUAUUCGAGAGAUUGGCCUCUCGCGAGCUGUUGAGCUUUGUUCGCAGCGCCCGAAUUCAUACCCAGGUGAUGACAUUGCUCAAAGUGUUGAGUACUAUUAAAGAGUUGCUCAACGAUGCAGAGACUAAGCAAAUAACUAACGAAACUGUGAAUCUGUGGCUGGAGGAUCUGAGGGAUCUGGCUUACGAUAUGGAUGAUCUUGUGGACGAGAUCGAGACAGAAGCUUUGGCCCAUAAAUUGAAGACGGAGACCGAACCAGCAGCUACCACAGGCAAGGUGAAGGUACUGAACUUCCUAUCUACUUCUUUGACUGAUUUCCGUAGAUCUAUUGAGCUAAAAUUCAAGUUCGGGUCCAAGAUUAAGCAGAUCACUCUCAGAUUACAAGAAAUGGCACAACUGAGAGAUGAUCUGGGUUUGACAGCUACUCCGGAAGCAGGGUCAAGCAAAAGCAGAGAGAGAUUGGAAACAACUUCCUUGGUGGUUGAAUCCCAUGUCUAUGGUCGGGAAAAGGAAAAAAAAGAAAUACUUGAAUUGGUGCUCAAGGAUGAAUCGAAUAAUGAUGAAGCACGUGUCAUUCCAAUAGUUGGUAUGGGUGGUGUGGGCAAGACCACUCUUGCUCAACUUGUCUACAAUGAUGAGAAGGUUAAGGAUUUCUUUGAUACGAAAGCAUGGGUGUGUGUUUCUGAAGAGUUCGAUGUAUUCAUGAUAACCAAGAUUAUUUGUCAGGCGGUGACCAAGGAAAGUUGUGACUUCAGCGACCUCAACAUGUUGCAAGUGAGUCUCAAAAAGAAACUUUCUCGAAGAAAAUUUCUUAUUGUUUUGGAUGAUGUUUGGAAUGAGAACUACCAAGAUUGGGAUCGCCUCCGUGCUCCUUUUUUAGUUGGGCUAACUGGAAGUAAAAUUAUUGUUACGACUCGGAAUGAAGGUGUUGCACGGAUCAUGGGUUCUGUGCCUUCUUACCCACUGAAUGUUUUGGCAGAAGACGAUUGUUUGUCUUUGUUGGCUCAACAUUCAUUGGGCAAAACAAAUUUUGUUGACCAUCCAAAUUUGGGUUUAAUUGGCAAGGAUAUAGUCAGAAAGUGUGGACGUUUGCCUUUGGCAGCAAAGACACUAGGAGGCCUUCUGCGUAAUAUACAUAGCCCAGAUGAGUGGAAAGGUAUACUGAAUAGCCAAAUCUGGGAGUUAGAAGAGCACAAGAGUCGCAUUCUUCCAGCUCUCAGAUUAAGCUAUCACCAUCUCCCUUCUGAGUUGAAGCAAAUGUUUGCAUAUUGUGCUAUAUUUCCAAAGGACUACGAGUUUGAAAUGGAUGAGUUAGUUUUGUUAUGGAUGGCAGAAGGAUUUCUGCAGCAAUCAGAAGAAAUGGAAGUGUUAGGGGGACAGUGUUUCAUGGAGCUAUUAUCAAGGUCCUUCUUCCAACGUUCAGGUGGCACGGAAUCAAAAUUUGUGAUGCAUGACCUUUUGAAUGAUCUAGCUCAAUAUGUUGCAGGAGAAACAUGCUUUAGGUUGGAUGAUAAUAUGGAGGGAAAUGAAUGGUGUAAGAUUUCUAAAAAAGCUUGCCACUCAUCAUUCAAUCGCCACCCAUACGAGGUCUAUAAAAGAUUCAAGCCAUUUCAUGAAUUUCGUGGUUUGCGGACUUUCAUACCGCUUCCAAUUUAUUUGUCAGAUGGCCACCCCAACAUGUAUUUAAGCAAUAGCGUUUUGGUCAAGCUACUACCAAACUUACGGUACUUAAGAGUCUUAUCUUUGAGUGGGUACUUAAUAAGUAAGCUACCCAACUCAAUUGGAGAUUUGAAGCAUCUUCGGUACCUUAAUUUAUCUCAGACGUUGAUUGAAUCGUUGCCCAAAUCAGUGAGUACUCUCUACAAUUUACAGACACUAUCAUUAAGAAAUUGUUUGGAACUUCGUAAGUUGCCCACAAACAUCGGAAAUUUGGUGAACCUGCGCCAUCUUGACAUUCGAAAUACUCCAAAUUUAAAAGAGAUGCCCCCAAGUAUUGGAAAUUUGGUGAACCUACGCCAUCUUGGCAUUCGAGAUACUCCAAAUUUAAAAGAGAUGCCUUCGGGGAUCAGUAGAUUGAAAUGUUUACAAACAUUGUCAAGGAUUAUUGUUGGCAAAAAUAAUGGAUUUGGACUCGAAAAUUUGAGUGGCUUAUCGCUUCUAAGAAGUAAGCUUUCCAUUGAAGGGCUAGAAAAUGUUACAAAAUUGCAGGAAGCAGAGAAGGCCAAUUUAAGUUGUAAGCAGUAUCUUAAUGAGUUGGAAUUCAAAUGGAAUCGUAACAUUGAAGAUUCUCAAAAUGAAGGGCUACAGGUUAGUGUGUUGGGCAUGCUACGACCACAUAGAGAAUUGAAAAGUCUUAGAAUUGAAUUCUACAGGGGCAGUGCAUUUCCUAGUUGGAUUGGGGAUCCGUCAUUCUCUAAAACAGUGUGCAUUAGUCUCACAGGUUGUACAAAAUGCAUGGAUUUACCACCACUUGGCCAACUACCCUUGCUCAAAGAACUCUACAUAGAAGACAUGCAUGCCGUAGAAAGUGUGGGUGUAAAGUUCUAUUGCAGUGGUAGCACUUUGGAGAUUCCAUUUCCCUCGCUCGAGAUUCUGCGGUUUGACAAGAUGCCAAAAUGGAAGGAAUGGUCUUUUUCUUAUGGUGUUGAUUUUAGAGGACUUUUCCCUUGCCUUCGUGAGCUUUCUAUAUGCAAUUGUCCUAAACUGGUGAGUCUUCCACACUUCAGCCUUCCCUCUCUUCUUGAUUUAAUCAUAAAAUAUUGUGACGGGGCGAUGUUGAAAAGUUUCACUGGAUUAUCCUCAUUAACCAAAUUGGAAAUUAGGAGUAUGUCAGGACUAACUCAUUUGCCGAAGGAGUUCACAAAUGGGUUGGUGUCACUUAAAGUUCUUGAAAUUGAAGGUUGUGCCACGUUGGUGACUUUGUGGCAGAAUGGGUUUGCACCAGAAUACCUUUCGAGUUUGCAACGGCUAAAGGUCUACAAAUGUCCUCUACUUGAGCAACUGUUAGAUAAAGAUCAAAGGCUACCUUGUAAUCUUGAAAGAUUGGAUUUAAAGUUGUGUCAAAAUCUGGAGAGGUUGCCUGAUGGACUAAAAAGCCAUACAUCUCUCACGGAGGUGGAUAUCAGCGACUGCCAAACGCUUGUUUGUUUUCCAGAGGACAGUCUCCCGCCCAAGCUUAGUCAUCUUUGCGUUACAAACUCCUUUUCUCUGGAGUUCAUCCCUAAUUGCAUCAGUCGUCUUGAAGUGUUGCGGCUCAGGAAUUGCUCGUCUCUGAGAUCCUUGCCGACAGACACUCGUAUCUCCACGCUUAAGCAUGUUCUCAUCUGCUGCGGGAAUUUGGAGUGGCUUAAAGAGAUGGUCAAACAGAGCAUAAGCUUUGGGAUCAGUAAUUGGCCCAAUUUGGAGAGUUUUACAGUACAGGUGCCGAAGUUUACAGUACAGGUGCCGGAGUUUACGGAACAGGUGCCGGAGUUUACAGAACAGGUGCCAGAUUUUGAAUGUGAGUUGAAGUAUCAAAUCGACCACUCGCUCUCAGGAAGUGGUUUGCUCACUCCCAACCUAACAAGUCUUGACAUCUCUAAGUUUGAAAAUCUCUUUUCCUUCCCUAGCGAAAGUCAAAGCCUCGCAUUCCUCAAAAAACUCAAGAUAGCGGACUGUCAAAGUCUUGAGUCAUUUCCUGACCAAAAUUUGCCCCCCAACCUAGAAGAGCUAUAUAUCUCCAAUUGCAAAGAACUUAAGCCUCUAUCAGAGUGUGGCCUACAAAGUCUCUCCUCUCUUCGGCGUUUCACCCUGCACAGUGUAUAUCCAACGCUAACUUCCUUUCCGGACUCAUGUUUUCUUCCUGCUACUCUAAAAUUCCUUCGUAUUGACGAAUUCUCAAAUCUCAAGUCUCUCUCAAAGGGCCUCCAAAACUUGGCCUCUCUUGAGAAACUAGAAAUUUCCAAUUGCCCAGAGCUCGAGUCUCUCUCUGAGGGGCUCCAAAACCUGACCACUAUUAGGUUUAUGGACAUCAUUAAUUGCCCUAAGAUUAAGUCUCUCUCUGAGGGGCUCCGAGACUUGACCUCUCUUGAGCAUCUGACAAUCUGCGAUUGCCUGAGCUUGAGUCUCUCUUUGAGGAGUUCCAGAAGCUGA